GUGUGCGAACUGCACUUUUUCAAUACAGCCCAACACUUGAGGGGUCAAACCAUUCAGCAAGUCUGAUCUAUGACUGUCUGGGGAAGUCCAAGUUCAAGCACGCGACCCGUUGUCGGGAUUCAUCCCUUUCAAAAUUUUGGCCCUGGCGCAGCCAAAUCAACAAUUAUGGUGACCAUGGUUGGGUGGUUUUAUACAUGCAAUGUGUGUGUAAUGUUUUAUAGAAGAGAUAGCAGGGCAUUGCUUGUCGUAAUUGUAUCCAACCUAAGCUACCCAUGAGCUUGAUCGAACAGUUACAACCCAUGCGUAUUGAAGUAGCGUUUCCG